UUACCUCACCAAUCCAUCUCUUGUCUCGCGUGUGUUUGGUUUGGUGAAGAGGGCAGCAUAAUCGUGUUGAAACUUGAAGGUCAAUUUGCGUCUUCGACAACCAUGUCCAUGUCCUCCAUCACCGAUCCCUUCAUGGAAGAAUCUGACUUCUCAGAAAUUAUGAACUUCAUGAGCCAAACCUUGAUGGAAGAGAACGUUGAAGAGAUGCCGUUUUUUGACCCUCUUAGCUUGCAAGUCACCGAGAAAUUAUUCUAUGAUGCUCUCACUGAUAACUUACCUCAUUCCCCCAAUCAACACCCCCUCGAUAUUCUUAGUCCCGACGGUGGAGCCACCACCACCAGCAGCAGCAGCAGCAGCGGCGGCGGCGCUAGCAACUCUUUAGAUGACAAUUCUCGUGAGUUGAAGCCCCCUUCUCCUGAUACCCCUCUUUCUGUUUCUUGUGAUAAUGAUUCUCAUUAUAAUUCCCCUGCCAUUUCUCAACAUCCUUCUAAUAGUGUUGCUGUUAGUGAUGGACUGUUAGAUUUGGAUUCUUCUAUUACCAAAAUGUUGUCACAAAAUGUUUUCAGUGAGGCAGAUUCUGUCUCCCUGUUUAGGAGAGGGUUAGAGGAAGCUAGCAAGUUUCUUCCUCCAUCACCUCAGCUUGUAACUGGUCUUGAUUCACUUGGAGAAUCAUUUGGGGAGAAUUCCGUUGGGUUGAAGGGUAGAAAGAAUCAUGAGCGUGAAGGAAGUGAUAGCAAAGAAGAAGGGAGAAGUAAUAAGCAAUCAGCAGUUGGUGUUGUUGAUGAGAGUGAGUUAUCAGAAAUGUUUGAUAAAGUGUUGCUUAAUGUAGAGAAUGUGUCCCUGUGUAAGGAAUUGAAAGCUGAACAGGCAGGUGAAAAGUUUGAUGGAGAGAUUGCUCAUCCUAUGAAACAAGGAAGGAAGAAGGAAACAGUGGAUUUGAGGUCUCUUCUGCUUCUGUGUGCACAAGCUAUGUAUGUCAAUGACAAUAGUACUGCCAAUGAACUUCUAAAGGAGAUUAGACAGCAUUCUUCUCCCUUUGGGGAUGCAUCACAGACUUUGGCUCAUUACUUUGCCAAUGGCCUUGAGGCACGCUUGGCUGGCAAUGGUACAGGUGCACAAGGAUUUUAUUACUCUAUGAGCUCCAAGAGGAUCACUGCUGCUGAGUUUUUGAAAGCUACCGAUGUUUAUCUAUCUGCCUGCCCUUUCAAGAAGUUUGCAUAUUUAUUUGCAAAUAACAUGAUUAUGAAAGCAGCUGAAAAGGCAGAAACCCUUCAUAUUAUUGAUUUUGGCAUCCUAUUAGGUUUUCGGUAUCCUGUAUUUAUUAAGUUUUUAUCAAAAAGAGAUGGUGGACCUCCAAAGCUGAAGAUCACGGGGAUAGAGUUUCCCCAACCUGGCUUUCGUCCUGCAGAAAGAAUUGAGCAGACUGGUCAACGUCUGGCUAACUAUUGCAAGCGUUUCAACGUUCCGUUUGAGUUCAAUGCCAUAGCAUCACGGAACUGGGAAAACAUUCAAGUACAAGACCUUAAAAUUGAGAGCAACGAGCUAGUUGCUGUGAACUGUCUGUUCAGGUUUAAGAAUUUACUGGAUGAGACUUUUGAGGCAAACAGUCCUAGAAAUGCAGUUCUCCACUUGAUCCGGAAGAUAAAUCCGGAUAUUUUUGUUCAGUCAGUCAUUAAUGGAUCUUAUAAUUCCCCUUUCUUUGUCACACGGUUCAGGGAGGCGCUUUUCCAUUUUUCUGCUUUGUAUGAUAUGUGUGACAAUGUCAUACCCCGUGAAAAUCCAAGUAGGAUGAUGAUUGAGAGAGAGAUUGUGGGUCGGGAGGCUAUAAAUGUUAUAGCAUGUGAAGGUUUCCAGAGGGCUGAGAGGCCCGAGACAUACAAACAAUGGCAGGUUAGGAAUACGAGGGCUGGUUUCAAGCAGCUCCCACUGGAUAAGAAAUUAAUGGCCAAAUUUAGGGCCAAUUUAAGGGAAUUGUACCACAAAGAUUUUGUAUUUGAUGAAAACAACAACUGGAUGCUUCAAGGUUGGAAGGGCCGCAUUUUGUAUGCUUCCACUUGUUGGGUACCGGCAUAAUGAGGUGCUAUUGGACCCUUGGACAUGUUUCAGAACUCAUACUAGACUGAAGGUUCUGGUAUCCCAGGUCUGGCCUAGCUGCUUUACCUUCAGGUGCUGUGAUGGACAUUCUUCCAAGCUUUGCCCCAAAUUACUGCGUAAACUUAUGGCAGAAUUUCUCUGGUAGAAUGGAGACUUGUGAUUGUAAUUCUAAUUCUAUAAUGGUAUGGAGGGAAUAUUGGAGUAGGUAGGCCCUUUUAUCAUGGUUGCCUGAAUAUUGGGAAUCAAAAUGUUCUGAGAUAUUUUCUCUCACACCAUCAUGUGCCAGGCUCUUCAUAUAUAAUAGCUUGGUAAAAUGUUUUUGCUGGGUACCUUGUCUCUUGAAAGCUAUUUAUGGAUUGAGUACUGGCCUUUGAUACUGCUACCGUAGAUGCUUUCUUAUUGAAGUACCAGUGAGAAAGGGAAAGAGAUAUGGCUUAUUCACAUAAUCACUUUGCCCGGACCAGAAAGCUUUGCCCUGUGAAGUUUUCUUGCUUGCCAAUUAGUCUGUUGGCUGUUGCUCAUAUUGUGAAAUAUGCAUGACAUAAAUUGCUUCAAUAGAGCUGGCAAUAUCUUUUUUGGGCUUCGAGAUGAAGUAAGUCUCUGUUUCUUGUGUCACUUUGUGAUUCACUUAGAAGUACUAAAAUUUUGGUAUCUCUUGUGUGAGAAUGUUAAGAGAUAUUGUAAUUAUCACAAGCAUGUUAUUCGAGUUUGUCCUAUUUAUUUUUUUCUUAGUAAUGGAUGAGUUUUCAUGUUCAAAUUUGAUGUCAACAUUG